AUGUCUGCUCCGCAGGAAAGACGGACCCGUGCAAAGUCACAAGCGCAACUCAAUGUGGAGGAAACAGGGGUCAAGGACUCUGCCGCCGCUCAAAUCAUUGUUGAGACCAAGAAGCAGCUGGUGGCUCUAGCUCAUCUAGACCCCAGUGCUUGUGCUCUCAUGACUGCCAUUUCUCAGACCAUUCUCACGCCAAUCCUUCAAUUCGCCAGCGAAGCCUACAAGACUGCCGACAAGGUUAUCAAACAGACGCCCAAGGAGCAUUUCAUCAUCGCCGACAUAGUCUAUAAUGGGACUCCACACUCGCGUGGCUUGAGCGAGGCACGUGUACUGCUGAUGGAUAAGAUUGCCGAGGAGCUUGUUGCUAAGGUGGCUGGAGGUGUCACAAUCGAAGGAGUCGAGAAGUGGACAGAGGAGGGUUUUGCCAACAAGAAUCAGAUCGAACAAUGGUUGGGUACGAUUGUGAACGACAUCGGUGGUGAAGGCUGGGGCCACGACGAGGACGAAUUUGCCGGUGCGGACAAAUAA